CCGCUCGCGGGAAUGGCCAAUGGGCGGCGGGCGUGUGGCGCUUGCGUAGUGAGCGGAAGGGCGUGCAGUUAGUGCGGAGGAGCCGUUGGACUUGGCUGAAGGCGGAGGGAGACAUGGAUCAGGGAUACGGCAGUUAUGGCACUUGGAGCACUGCUGCCACCAAUGCUCAAGGUACAUAUGCAGCAAACGCAGCAAAUUGGCAAGGCUAUGAAGGCUAUGACUAUUAUGGCACCCAAACCACCGGCUCUACUACAGCUGCCUCGUACAAUUAUGCUGCAGCUGCAGCUGCAGCUGCAGCUGCUACCACUAAUACCUGGGAGACUCCCAAAACUACCGACAUGACCAUGACUGCUGAUGUCAACACCAGUAUGCCAGUUGCAACUUAUAGUACGGAAGCUGUGGCAAAUGAGAACUCUGACUCCAUCAUAGCCAAAAUAAACCAGCGUCUGGAUAUGCUGUCAAAGGAAGGCAGUGGUGGAGGCGGGGAAGGAAUGGAAGACCAGGAAAGCUCUUUCAGGUUUGAGUCUUUUGAGUCUUAUGACUCAAGGUCUUCAAUGAACGACCGUGACCUGUACAGAGCUGGCUACGAUUAUGGCGAAGUUGGAACUGAUCGGAAUGAUUCCUUUGGAAGCCAAUUUGACAGCCGUAGGAAUCAGUCCAGCAACAGAGGAAACAGCUAUGGUCUCAUUAGAGGGAGGGGCCAGAAUCGGAUUCAAAAUCGGGGACGUCUAAAUGCUUUCAACCGCACUGACCGCUUCAUGCCAUCUUCAAGUACUGAGCGACUGUCUGCACGCUGGAAUGAGUUGAACUAUAUGGGUGGGCGGAGCAUGGGUGGUCCCUGCCCCAACAGGCUCCCUUCCCUCUUCUCCCAAGCCCUUGUCCCUGACUAUUGCGAUUAUGGGGACUAUGGCGAUUACGGGGAUUAUGGGGACUAUGGCGACUAUGGUGACUAUGGCGACUACGGAGACUAUGGUGACUAUGACUAUGGCAUGAUGGGAAUGCCAGGAAUGGGAAGGUAUGGUAACAUGCCAUAUGGAGUCGGCAGGCAACGAAACAGAGUGAGUACAGUGCCGUGGCAUCUGAACAUUCUUAUGCCCAAGAGGAGGAGUUUCCGCAACCGCUCAGGGGGUCGAUCAGAUAGUGAAGGAGGGCGCAAGCGGAAACAAUCCCAAAGCGGAGAUGAGCCAGACAGCAAACAGGCAAAGACUGACAGUGAAGGAGACGACACCGAGAACGAUGAUGGUGAAGGAGAGGACAAAUCUGGAGAUGAAGGAGACAAAGGUGAGAAUGAGGGUUGUGGUGAAGAUUGGGAGAAGAAAGCAUCUGGAGAUGGUGGUGAUGAUGAUGAUGAUGAGGUGAAAAAGAAGAGGGAGAAACAGAGGAGAAGAGAUAGAAUGCGCGAUCGUGCUAUGGAUAGAAUCCAGUUCGCCUGCUCUGUGUGUAAGUUCCGCAGCUUUGAAGAUGAAGAAAUCCAGAAACAUCUGCAAAGCAAGUUUCACAAAGAUACCCUGCGAUACAUUGGCACCAAACUCCCUGAUAAAACAGUUGAAUUCCUGCAGGAGUAUAUUGUGAACAGGAAUAAGAAAAUUGAAAAGCGUCGUCAGGAGCUGACUGAGAAGGAGGGUACAAAGCAGAAACCAGACCCUUUCAAGGGUAUCGGCCAGGAACACUUUUUCAAGAAGAUCGAGGCAGCUCACUGUAUGGCUUGUGACAUGUUAAUUCCUGCACAGAACCACCUCCUCCAAAGACACCUGAGGUCAGCAGACCACAACAGGAACCGCAGGAUGGCAGCCGAGCAGUUCAAGAAGACUAGUCUCCAUGUUGCCAAGAGUGUCCUAAAUAACAAGCACAUUGUAAAAAUGCUGGAAAAGUAUCUCAAGGGUGAUGAUCCAUUUACAGAUGAAAUUGUUGACCAGGAUGUUGAUGAAACUGAAACCUUGGAAGGAGGUGAUGGUGGUGGAGAAGGGGCGAAUGAAAGUGCUACUGCAGAGACAAAAGAGGAAGGUACUGGGGAUGCAGGUGAAGCCACAGAAGCUACAGAAGCCCCUGAAACCACUAAAGCAGAAGGAGAAGAAAUAGAAAAAGCCUCUGAGGAAUUGCCUGAAAAUGAGGAGUUGCCUAAAAAUGAGGCAGAGCAGCAGCAGCCGCCACCACCACAGGAAGAAGCUGAGGUUGGGGCAGAGGCUGGAAUAGAAGAAGCAGCAGAGGCAGCAGUGGUUGUAACAGAAGAACCAUCCCCUCCUCAAGAAAAUAUAGAUGAGACAGUGGCUUCUGCAGGAGGUGAAGCUGAAGUACAGCAGGUUGAAAAGGAAGAGGAGAAACCAAGUGAGGUAACAGAGUCUGGAAACAGUGAUGCAAAGGUGGAAGAGGAGGCACCACCUGUAGAAGUGGAGCUGCAGCAAGAAUAACUCUGUAAAUGUUUGUGUGAAGGUGACUUGUCCUGCACAAUUGUAUAAUCCAUGAUUUUGAUUUUUUUCCUGUCUUAUUCGAAUGCAGUACCUGAAUGCGCAUUGCCAGAAAUUCAGCUGGCUUUGUUUUUGUUCAAGGGGAGGGACCCAACUGUUCUGUUAUGGGAGCAGUCUUGUGCUUAAUUGUCUUGUUCUGUAGAUUUGCUUAGUUCUGCUUUCUACAUAAUUUUUUAGGUUGAAGACUGCAGAAAGCUGUACAUUCCCCAAGAAACACUUGAGGUGCAUCAUCAUCUUUUUGAAUUUUUAGAAUGAAAAGUGGGAUUUGCAAAAUAAAAACAUGAUGAUUAGAUUCUGACAGCUGUUUGGUUUUUAAGUGCAGCACUAAAGCAGUAUGAUUUCUUUUGCAACAGAGACUUGGUCCUUUUACUAAUUGGGAGCCAAUAAAUAUCUUCAGCAUUUUUUAUCCCUACCUAUAGAGAAUACUUACCAUUUUAAAUACUCCCUAGAAAGGAGAGGAUUUUUUGUUGUGAGAUCCACUGGCUUCAUCUGUCAAAACUCCAGUGCUGCAUGAGAAUUAGGGUACGUAGUUUUACAGUUUUUAAGCACCAAGUCGGUUUGUCUAGAAAUCAGGCCACUCUUUGUAUAGAGCACUGAUUUAGAGACCUACUUUGAGAGGGGGAAAUUACACCUCCGUUGAAAACCAUUUUUCCUUCAUCCUAAAUUUUAAUAAGGUCACAGUAGUCUCAUUCACAGUAUAAAACUGAUUGCCAAAUGCUGUCACAGGGUUAUUCAAACAAUACCAAGAUCAGCAAAUGAUAGGAACUGCUGACUUAAGUGUUAUUAUCUAUGCUUGUGGUAUAAAAUGUUUAAGUCUGAUAUAGACCCAUUUUGAAUAAACCCAGAGUUCUUGGUCUUAAAGUCUAAAUAAACUUCUGAAUCUGGAAAAAAAA